AAUGCCCGUAACUUUGGAACACUCAUUAAUACCUUCAUGGGGAUCAAGAAAGCCGUACAUAAAAUAUUCAAAAAUUCUAUUUCAAAAAUGAAUUGCAAUAAUAUAGAAUUGGAUUUCAUUCUACAGCAUAAUACACUCCAAACAAUUUGUCAUCAAGUUGACGGAGACAAAGACAGCCGCUAUUUAUACAUUGGGCAAGGCUUUCAAAAUUUUACAAGAGAUCUAUUGCUUCAAUCUAUAUUAUCUGAUUUGUAUAUGAUACAGAAUAUUCAUGAAAAGGAUACUGAUAUUA